AUGUCCUAUGGGACAUUUCUUCAUGGAGUUUCCUGCUACAACUGUAUCGGAAAAGAACAAUUACUCCACUGCACCGAAAUCCUCAAAUACUUCGCGUCUAGUCCAGAUUCUAUGUUCACUUUACAUAUCAAUAUACUCUCUGAUGUUGCAUUUGUUGCGCUAGUUGCGCUCACUGCUUAUUAUGCAAUUAAGCGCCUCCAUUACCACCCUUUAUCGAAGUAUCCUGGUCCCGUCCUGGCCGCCCUAACUUCGUGGUACCGAGCCUACUAUGACAUUGUGAAGGACGGUGGAUGGUCUGAGCACCUAGAAUACCUUCACAGCAAGUAUGGAAAGAUAAUCAGAAUCGGACCAAACGAGCUUCAUUUCAGCCAUCCUCGAGCAUAUAAUGAGAUAUAUGGUAUAGGCACCCGCCAUAUUAAGCAACCCGAAAUGUAUAGCUGCUUCUCCACCGACAAAUCGGUUUUCGCUAUGGUUGACCAUCACGAGGUCAUGCAGCGAAGGAACCUAAUCGGCCCCUUCUUCUCGAGGCGAGCGAUUCUAAAUUUAGAGAAAACAGUGCAAGAAAAAAUCGAUUUGCUGGUGUCGCGCCUUCUCGAAUACACCCCACGCAAACAAUCCGCCAACCUUGAUCUAGCUUUUCGAGCCACAAGCUUGGAAGUCAUCACAUCAUAUUGCUUCGCCCGAUCUUCCAAUGCUUUGGAUUCCAGAAACUUCCAAAACGAAAUAUUAUCUGCUAUCGACCAGACUCUUCCAAUGAUAUGGGUCUUCAAACAUUUCCCCUUAGUGAAACGCAUCUUAUUAGGUGUUCCGGAGUGCUUUGCUUCUGUCCUCAAGCCAAGUACAACAGGAAUACUUGAGCAGAGGCGGCAAAUGGGAUCACAAAUUGACCAGAUUUUGAAGGACCCAACGUCUCUUCACAGUGCUGAUCAUGAAACUAUUUAUCACCAUUUCAUUACUCCGCAACCCGACAACGAGCGUAUGCCACCGGUUCAUCGAGACUGGCUUUUGGACGAGGGGCUCUACCUACGAUUUGCGGGGAGUGACACCGUCGGUAACACAUGUACGGUUGCCGCAUAUUACAUACUCAGCAGUCCUCACGUCCAUCGGAAACUCUUCCAGAGUCUCCUGGAAGCAUGGCCUGACAAGGAGAUGCCGGCCAGCUAUGAGACCCUGGAGCGAUUACCAUAUCUUACCGCUGUCAUAAAAGAAUCAUUGAGAAUGGCCCAUGGCGUUGUUUCUCCCCUUCCUCGUAUUGUCGGACCGGCGGAUGCUGUUAUAUCUGGCGAAGUUAUUCCCGCGGGGACGGUUGUAUCGAUGGCAGCGCCAAUUUUGCACAGGAAUGCGGAAAUCUUUCCAAAUCCUCUCACGUUUAUCCCAGAAAGGUGGCUUAAAGAUGAAUCCGCCGAGCUUGAGAAAUAUCUUGUCGCCUUUUCCAAGGGUCCUAGAAGCUGCCUGGGGAUAAACCUUGCGUGGUGUGAGCUUUAUCUCAUCAUUGGCACCGUUUUCAGAAAACUAGACCUUACUCCGGAUAGUCCCUCAAUCGACAACAUCAGCUUUCGCGAGUAUUUUGUUCCCAUUCAUCGUGGAAGACACUUCCAUGCAUUUGUAGCUCCAACUAAACGGUGA